AUGAAAUCCCGAAAGCCUUUCAAUUUGAAUAAUGUUAUUGUUUUAUACAAUAUAUUUCAAGUAUUUUUAUCGGCUUAUUUAUGUUAUUUGUGCACACAACUGAUGUUAGAAAAUGGUCUUGUUAGCAAAACUUGUCUCAUAGAAAAAGAACAUACAAGACGAGGUAUAACAAACGAAAUGUACUACUACUUUAUAGCAAAAACAAGUGAACUUUUGGACACAGUAUUCUUCGUUCUAAGGAAGAAGACCAGCCAAGUGACCUUCCUCCACGUCUACCACCAUGCAAUGAUGGUGAUCGUCACCUGGUCUUUCCUGAAGUAUGAACCAACAUACAUGAUGAUUUUCAUAAGGAAUAUUAAUUCAUUUGUUCAUGUGAUCAUGUAUACGUAUUAUUGUUUGUCUGCAUUCCCGGCUUUGAAGAAGUAUUUGUGGUGGAAGAAAUAUAUUACGAAGUUGCAAUUAGUAAGUAUUUUUCAAGUGACUUCAAUAGAAUUUUUUGGGUAG